UGGGAGCAGAGAUACACGUGGGGGCGCACAUAUUGUCCCCUCAUGCCUCUAAUCUUGCCCGUAGUCAUAACGGCGAUCGGAUACUUACCGAACGACCCUUGAGACGUUCGAAGUGAUCGGGAGAGCUGCGUUUUGGCACCAUGAGAACUUUUCCAAGCUUGGUUUUUAGUUUGCAACUUUUUACGGUUUGUUUUCUGGUUGUUGCGAUCCCCACGGCGAGUGCCGACUACUGUGAGAUAAACGUGUGUCUAAAUGGAGGAACAUGUGUAACGGGAGCAGGGAAAGAUCCCUUCAUCUGCAUCUGCGCCGAUGGUUUCACAGGACACGUCUGCAACGAGACCGAGAUUGGGCCCUGCAACCCUAACCCCUGUAAAAAUGACGGCAUCUGUGAGAUCAUCUCCAGCUCUCGGCGAGGGGACGUCUUCAGCGAAUACGUCUGCAAGUGCGCCACGGGUUUCGACGGAAUCCACUGCCAGAACAAUGUGAAUGACUGCGCAGGCCAACCUUGUCAGAAUGGAGGCUCCUGUCGAGAUCUGGAUGGAGAUUUCACAUGCACAUGUCCCUCACCCUAUGUUGGAAAGCACUGCCAACUGCGCUGCAUCUCUCUGCUGGGAAUGGAAGGUGGAGGUAUCGCCGAGUCUCAGAUCUCAGCCUCAUCUGUGUACUAUGGCUUUCUGGGACUGCAGCGCUGGGGGCCCGAGCUGGCCCGGCUGAAUAAAAAGGGACUUGUUAAUGCUUGGACCUCUGCCACACAUGACAAGAACCCCUGGAUUCAGAUCAAUAUGCAGAGAAAGAUGCGGUUUACUGGCAUCAUUACCCAGGGGGCAAGUCGGAUUGGUACGGCGGAGUUUAUCAAGGCCUUCAAAGUGGCAUCGAGCUUAGAUGGGCGAACGUAUACAAUGUAUAGACCUGAAGGCCAAAGCAAAGACAUGGCUUUUAUUGGCAACGUGGACAACGAUGGAACGAAGACCAAUUUGUUUGAUCCUCCCAUCAUCGCUCAGUACAUCCGAAUCGUUCCUCUUGUGUGUCGCAAAGCCUGCACGUUGAGAAUGGAGCUGGUCGGCUGUGAGCUCAAUGUGUAUUUCAACACGACAGGUUGCUCCGAGCCGCUAGGUGUCAAGUCACGGCUGAUCGACGACAGGCAGAUAACGGCUUCCAGCUCGUUCCGCACCUGGGGGAUCGAGGCGUUCACCUGGCACCCGCAUUACGCCCGACUGGACAAGCAUGGCAAGACUAAUGCCUGGAUAGCGGCCACCAAUGACCGCUCCGAGUGGCUGCAGGUGGACUUGCUCCGACCAAAGCGCAUCACAGGAAUAAUCACGCAAGGAGCCAAAGACUUUGGAAAUGUGCAGUUUGUUUCGGCAUUCAAAGUUGCGUACAGUGAUGACGGAAAGUAUUGGACCAUAGUCAAAGACGAAAACACAAAAACAGAUAAGAUUUUCCCCGGCAACAGUGACAACAAUGUGCACAAAAAGAAUGUGUUUGAACCCCCUUUCGUCUCACGAUUCGUCCGGAUGCUGCCGUGGGAGUGGCAUGAACGCAUCACCCUGCGAAUGGAGCUGCUGGGCUGUGAUGAGUAGAGCUCCUCCCACCUUCUCACUCUCCCUUCCUCUUCUUUAAUACUUCCCUCCAUUCCUCCCUGAACUGUCCCUGCACUGCCUCACUCGUAUCAACAGAGGGCGCCAACACCACAAGUCUCUGCACUGCUGGAGGACUGAUCUAUCAUUGGCCCAAGCUUAAAUCUCACAGUUUGAAUAUUUUGCAUUAAAUACUUUGUAUUACUAUGUUUGACUGCAGUGCCCUUAAAAAAAAUUAUGCUAUUGUUUGGCGGACAUGACCACAUUGAGAAAUUUCUUAUUUACUCAAGUAAAGAAUUAUAUUGAAAACAACAGUUUUGGAAAGUAUGAUCUUGUACAUACCAAAUAUAUUAGAAUUUAUUUAUUUUCACAGCUGUUGUGUUGGUCGAUUGGUUAUAAAUGCAGUUUUUGAAGUUGUUUAUAUUAGAUAAUUGAAUUAGGAAAUCAUAAAUUCUUUAAAUGUGGUUUUGACGUGAUCUAUGCUUUCUUGUAUGUUAUGGCAUAUUAAUAUUUGUCGUUGAUUUCAUCUUAAACUGUCUCAUAACUAGACUUAAUGCUUUCAACAUAACUUUUUUACAGCUUAACAUGAAUUGUGACAGUCAAUCAUAUAUAUUAUAAUUUGAUCAAUAUUGUUUAAAUUUGAUGCCUUGGAUCUCAGGUGCAGUUGAAUCAAUUGCAGUGUGCUACUGAAUAUUGCUUUUUUAUUCCAGCAUAAUUCUGAAAUAAACCAAAAUGUUUGGUACAAAAAACAUUAUUCGCUCACAAGCCAAAGUGGUCUCAUCUUUCCUUAUUAUGAUGUCAUAGAGAAUGUGUAAUAUUUCUUAUUUUUUAAAUCGGGGGCCACUUUUUUGCAGUAUGCGCAUAGACAUAAAUAUCCUGUCGGUGGAUCGGUCACGCCACGUGCAGUAUCGAGGCUUUCAUAUAAUAAGAUGCGGGGUGAGGGUGCGAAUCUAAUUUGAUAUGAUUUCUACGGUGGCACUGAACCUUUGAUAUGACCGUCCAAUCUACAUAAUGUUUUCAAAAUGAUGCGUUGUGACCUCCCCAACCAAUCCACUCGAAUAAAUUUACAAUUUUUGGGCUUGUGCAAUAUAAGUAUUAAUAUAAAUAAAUAUUAAUGGAGCUUUAGACGUUAUGUGGGCAGUAUUUAUCUGAGAUAUAUUCUGAGAAGAACUGAAGAAAAGCUAACACUGAAGACUUGUAAAAAUCCAGCAUGGUUGUGUAUUUUCUGUAGGUCGUCUGUACCAAUGUUAGCAUUUGAUUUUCUUAUUGCAGUAAACAUAUCAGCAUUGUUUAUUCUAUUCAAUGUGUGUUCUUUCAAUGAUUCUUAAACGUAUUUUUAUUUUGUCUUUUUUAAUGCUUCAUACUGUAGCACCCUUGUGUUCACACUGUUUAGGCCAUAUAUUCUUAGUAUCUCCUGAAAUAUUUUCAUGUUCUUACAGUAAUUGUAGAAGGAAAUAAAGAAGACAAGUAGAUACUUAUGGCCUUUCAAGCAUGCUGUUUGUUGUUAUGAAUCAUCCUUAGUAUGCUUAGUAUGCAGGUUUAUAAAAACAUUUUCCCCAUAAAUAAAAGUGGAACAGUUGACCAACCUUAGAAAAUAUGUACAGUAUAUGAGGAUUUCAAUAAAGAUCUCUGU